CCCACUUCCCGCCUCGCGCCGCCUGCCGGCACGCGGGCCGCCCGUUGCCUUGGCAACCGUCGCGCCGCGUCUGCCUGAGGGAGCUCUGUCAGCCCGCGGAUCCCGUCGCCCGCUCCCCACUGCCCCGCGAUUUUCGCGUGGGCUUAGAGGCGGAGGGACAACAAAAAAUGGCGGAGCGGAGCCAGACGGCGCCUGAGGCAGGCAAUGAUAUGGGAAAUGACGAUGCCAUCGGAGGGAAUGUGAGCAAAUAUAUGGUGCUUCCAUCUGGAUACUGUGGACAGCCCAAGAAAGGACAUCUUAUCUUUGAUGCUUGCUUUGAAAGUGGUAACCUUGGACGGGUGGACCAGGUCUCUGAAUUUGAGUAUGACUUAUUCAUUAGGCCGGAUACCUGUAAUCCACGCUUCCGAGUCUGGUUCAACUUUACUGUUGAAAACGUGAAAGAAUCACAGAGAGUCAUUUUCAACAUUGUUAACUUCAGUAAAACCAAGAGUCUUUAUAGAGAUGGGAUGGCCCCGAUGGUGAAAUCUACAAGCAGACCCAAAUGGCAAAGGCUGCCACCUAAAAAUGUUUACUACUACCGGUGCCCGGACCAUAGGAAGAAUUAUGUGAUGUCCUUUGCAUUUUGUUUUGACCGAGAAGAAGAUAUUUACCAAUUUGCUUACUGCUACCCGUAUACGUACACACGCUUUCAGCAUUACCUUGACAGCCUGCAAAAGAGAAACAUGGAUUACUUCUUUCGAGAGCAGCUGGGUCAGAGCGUGCAACAGCGGCAGCUUGACCUCCUGACAAUAACCAGCCCCGACAACCUUCGGGAAGGGGCAGAGCAGAAGGUAGUCUUCAUCACGGGAAGAGUCCAUCCAGGGGAAACACCGUCGUCAUUUGUGUGCCAAGGGAUCAUUGACUUCCUCAUAAGCCAGCACCCUAUUGCCCGUGUCCUACGGGAACACCUGGUCUUCAAGAUUGCACCAAUGCUCAACCCUGACGGAGUCUACCUGGGCAAUUACAGGUGCUCUCUGAUGGGGUUUGACCUGAACCGUCACUGGCUGGAUCCCUCUCCGUGGGCCCACCCUACCCUGCAUGGAGUGAAACAGCUCAUUAUCCAGAUGUACAAUGACCCAAAAACAAGCCUGGAGUUUUAUAUCGACAUCCACGCCCACUCCACCAUGAUGAACGGAUUCAUGUACGGCAACAUCUUUGAGGACGAGGAAAGGUUCCAGAGGCAGGCUGUUUUCCCCAAGCUCCUCUGCCAGAACGCUGAGGACUUCUCCUACUCUAGCACAUCCUUUAACCGAGAUGCCGUGAAAGCAGGAACCGGACGUCGCUUCCUCGGGGGGCUCCUGGACCACACUUCCUAUUGCUACACCCUCGAGGUCUCCUUCUAUAGCUACGUCAUCGGGGGCACCACGGCUGCUGUGCCCUACACAGAGGAAGCCUAUAUGAAGCUGGGAAGGAACGUGGCGAGAACGUUUUUGGAUUAUUAUCGGCUGAACCCCCUGGUCGAGAAAGUGGCAAUUCCCAUGCCGAGGCUGCGGAAAGAAAAGCCCCCUCCCUACAAGCACCCACUCCUGCGGGGCCCAGCCAGAAACCACCCCAACGGCAAAGGGGACAAGAAGAGCUCCGUGAACCACAAAGACCCUUCAAACCCUUUUUAAGGACGUGGAGUCCGGGGAGGUCUUGUGGAGGCAGGAGCAUGCAUUUUCUGCUGGGGCAUGAAAUUAAUCACCCUUCUCUAGUUUCCAAGAUAAAGGGUGUGGGAUAAUGAAUAAGCUAGUGAAAGGGAACGAAAAAAUGAGAAACUUCACCAUCAAUUUUCCCUUUUACCAAUGGAAAAUCAAUUGUGGGACUUUAGCUUAAGGCUCAGGAGCAAAACAGGAGGCUCAAACCAAGCGAGUACAGAUGCUAUUUUCCACAACACAGGGAUCCUCGCAAGAAGAGGAAAAGCUACACAUCCCUAUUGAGAGGUUUGACACAUCUCAGAUCAGUGCUUUUGAAGCCCCGUUACCUUUUAAAGUUGUAUAGCUACCAUAGGCAGUUACCUUCUGGAC